GAUGGCGGUACUUUCAGAUGUUAGAGUCCGAAUUUGUAGUCAAGAAAUCAUCAAACACGACUUACAACUCAAGGCAUUUAUACAGGAUAUAAACGAUUGCCUCGGACCCCAACAUGUACUGGAUGAAUUGAAUUUCCAGGUAAAAGUCAAGUUCCGUCAGCUUAGACGCAGGAUACAGGGUUUAGAACAGCUGGCAAAGGAACAAGACAGUGAGAAAGAUAAAAAUAUCAUCCUGUGUGAGGCAGAUGGACAUCGAAAACAGAUAUUGAGUAAUCAGGCUACAUGGCGGAAGGCAAAUCUAGCCUGCAAGCUCCUGAUAGACAAUAUGGAGAAGGAUGAACUACUAAACAGUACAGUCAGACCUAGGAAGACCACCAAAGAGAGCCUGGCUGAGACGAGCAGUGGCAUCACUGAGUCACUCAUGAUCAUCAACCGGCUGAUGUCUGAGCAGGUCAAGCAGAGUGAGGGGACCGUUAGCCACCUGGUAAUCUCCUCGAGGACUGUUCUGGAGACGAAUGAGGAGUUCAGGGCACUGAACGGGGCCAUCCACUUAGGAAGGAAGCUGAUCUUAAAAUACAACCGACGAGAAGUCACAGACAAGCUCCUCAUCUUUCUGGCCCUGGCCUUGUUUUUGGCCACAGUAGUCUACAUUGUGAAGAAGAGACUUUUUCCUUUCCUUUGACAGUCAUAAAGAUAUGACCCUGAUGAGUGAGACACGAGGAACAGGAUUCCCCUCUUGCACUUUCUGUCAAAGAAAAGGUUGUUGAAGGGCAGGACAAUAACCUUGGCCAAUACAGGGUGAAUGAAAGGGAUAUAUAUCGAUAGCAGACUUGGACUGCUUUUACACUGGUUUCGAGAGAGGGUUAUCGCAGCCAAUUAAGGGGUUGAGUAAAAAUGUAGGAAAUGGUUCAUUUGCUUAGAUGUCUUAAAUCAACGUUCCUGCGAUUAGACUUGAAUAGGAGAGUUUUAACUUAUGUUGUGUGGAAUAAUCUAUACGUAUAUUUUGCUCUGGCUGUUGUUUUAAACGAGGUGAAUGUGAAUAGUUUGUAUAGUGAACCAGAGGAAACAUGCUGCAUUCCAAACACUUGAUGUCAAAACCAGGACUAUUGUCAAUAUGCUAAAGCAAUGCAAUUGUGAAGCACCAGUUUUUGAAGAUACUUUGUCAAAUUUCAAGAGAUUUUAUCCAGCCACAAAUGGAACAAACUUGAACAUAACUUUACCUGACUCAGGCCUAUGAUAUCUAAUAUUCAUUAUUAUAUAAUGAUCUAACAUUGAUUGGUGAAUAUGGUAAACACCACUGCAAAGCCUAUAAUGGACAAAUAGAAUUUGUUUCAUGGUGGGUGCAUAGACAUAAUGUGCAUAUUUAUCUUCCUAAGACCAGCCUGUAUUGUUUUUUUCUGACAUGACAUAGAUUGCCAACAAAGCCUAUUGACAGUUUCCUGUUACAGCCCUGAGUCACCUACCUCAGGAGGAAGUUUGUUGAAGAAAUAAGCACACACUGCCCUCCACCAGGUGUUUACAUUGCAAAGUUGGACUUUACACUGUUGUUUGCUAUCUGUGAGAUGCCAUGCCAUACCUGUUGAAGAACUUGAUAAUCUGCUAGUAUUUUGUUUUAUUUAUUGUUAUAUUCAUUUUCCACUUUUGUUCAGUCUUGUGUGAAAAGGUUUAUAUUUAUACCACUAGGGGGCAGACUACCAUUUCACACUGUGGAUCUGGUCUGGUAUUGUGUUUCAAAUAUUCGCUAAAAUAUUAACAUGUCUGAGCCGUUUGAGGUUAAUUUAAAAGAACACUUAGGAUGCUCAGCAAUCAUAUUGUUGCAUGCAGCCCAAACUCCAAACUGGCGCAAGGUUUCAG